CACCACCCCCACAGCCCCGGGAUCGGGCCUGACCAGGCUCCAUCGGACCCAGAGGAGACAGAGAAAAUGGGGAUGCCACACAUGCCUGACUUGGAGGAGCGGCACAAACCCACCCACCCGGCGAAACAGCUGCGACAGCGAGUCCAAACGGCGACAAAGUGCAUUCCUCAGCGGAGACAACCUCAA